ACUCUCUCUCUCUCCCUCUCUUCAAACAUCGGCAGUAGUGUCGGGCUGCUCACUUCUCUCUUCUCUCUGUGAGAGUUAGGGUUUGGUUUGCAUGUGAAGGGGGAUCGGUGAACAACUCUUCGGCUAAGAUGGCGAUGGGGGGCAUUUCAAUGAGGUCAUUUUAAUAUAGAAAAAAGACAGUGCUAUUAUUAGAUAUGGAUCAAGCAGAACAGCAGCAGCACCAGCAACAGCAGCCAGUGGUGGGAAUUGUAGCUGGUGGGGGUCAGAUGGCCUACUCUUCUCCUUCCUACCAUAAUCCACCUGUUAUGGCUUCAGGCACUUCUACUGUACCUUUGCCUUCUCCAACUCAGCCUCCUACCACAUUUCCUACUUCUCAGCAUCAACUUGCCUACCAACAUGCCCAGCAGUUCCAUCACCAACAGCAGCAGCAGCAGCAGCAACAGCUUCAAGUAUUCUGGACCAACCAAAUGCAAGAAAUUGAGCAAACAACUGACUUCAAAAACCACAGCCUCCCACUUGCCCGAAUCAAGAAAAUAAUGAAGGCUGACGAGGAUGUUAGGAUGAUUUCGGCAGAGGCUCCAGUCAUAUUCGCAAAGGCAUGUGAGAUGUUCAUCUUGGAGUUGACAUUGCGAUCUUGGAUCCACACAGAAGAGAAUAAAAGGAGGACCCUCCAGAAGAAUGAUAUCGCUGCUGCCAUUUCAAGGACUGAUGUCUUUGAUUUCCUGGUAGAUAUCAUUCCAAGAGACGAGUUGAAGGAGGAGGGACUUGGCGUCACUAAGGCUACCAUCCCAAUGAUGGGUUCUCCGGCUGAUUCCAUUCCGUACUACUAUGUCCCAACCCAACUUCCGGUUGGACCAGCAGGGAUGAUGAUGGGAAAGCCAGUCGAUCAAGCAGCAAUGUACGCCAGUCAGCAACCUCGGCCACCCAUGGCAUUCAUGCCAUGGCCCCAACCUCAGCCCCAACAGCCUGAGCAACAUCAAACCCAGCAGCAACAGAGUGACACUUGAUCGUACGACGCAGCUGGCCAUGCCUUCUGAUGGGUGUUGGCGAAAUGUAUCUCUGCUGUCUUAUUUGUAGGACGUGGUAGUUGUAUCGUUAGUGUGCAGUUCUUUUUAGAACUUAGCGGAUGCUUUAUGACCAAAAGUCAAAUGUAUGUCAACUGUAUUAUGUAGCUCUGCAUUGUGCCGAAGUUCUUAAUGUGCCGCCUUCUUGUUAA